AAUAAAUCUCGCGCAGGGGGUGGGGAAGGGAAGGAGGAGGAGAGGAGAGGAGGGCGCACGCACCACACCACCACCACCGUCACAAGCACCGCAAUCUCUUUCUCCCUUUUUCUUCUUCUUUCUUUCUUUCUUUCUUCCCCUUAUCCCCAAGAACCGCGUCUCUCAAGAGGUGGGGAGAGGAGGAGGAGGAGGAGAAAAAGAAAUCCAAUCUUUUUCUUUUUUCUUCUUGUGUCAAGAUGUCUUCCCCGAGCAAGCGCCGCGAGAUGGACUUGAUGAAGCUGAUGAUGAGCGACUACAAGGUGGAGAUGGUGAACGAUGGGAUGCAGGAGUUCUUCGUGGAAUUCCGGGGGCCUACUGAAAGUAUUUAUCAAGGUGGUGUCUGGAAGGUUAGAGUAGAAUUGCCUGAUGCAUAUCCUUACAAAUCUCCGUCGAUUGGUUUCGUUAACAAGAUUUAUCAUCCUAAUGUGGAUGAAAUGUCUGGUUCUGUGUGUUUGGAUGUCAUUAACCAGACGUGGAGCCCAAUGUUUGAUCUAGUUAAUGUGUUCGAAGUCUUCCUUCCACAACUUCUAUUGUACCCAAAUCCUUCUGACCCAUUAAAUGGAGAGGCUGCUGCACUGAUGAUGCGUGAUCGUCCUGCUUAUGAACAAAAAGUGAAAGAAUAUUGCGAAAAAUAUGCAAAGCCCGAGGAUGCUGGCGUAACCCCCGAAGAUAAGUCGAGUGAUGAAGAACUUAGUGAAGAUGAAGAUGACUCCGGGGAUGAUGCUAUACUCGGCAACCCAGAUCCUUAGUCAAGUCUGGAACCAGUUUCCAAAAGCUCAUCAUAUACAAUGUUUGGUUUGCAGAAAUUGCAAGCAAACAAAACAUGAAAAAAUAUCUGGGAAAAAAAAGGCUCUUUGAAUCUCUCAUGUAAAUAAGUGUACUUGUAUCUUGUCCAAUGUUGUUUCCUUCAAUUGACCAAUUGAAUUCGCAGCAGCUCUCAUGUUUUCCCAAUCUGUCAAAGUGUCAAGCUUGUAGAUUUGUGCUCGUUCCAGGGAAUAAACAAGGUUGUAGCUUCUGGUGAUCUGGUCCUAGAUGAUGAUGCUGUGCAAUGUGAUGGCUUGUUUGAUUGAU